UUCAACCCAUGAAAGUUGUUUGACGCAGCAUGAAAGAGCACUCCAUUGACAGCGAGGAAGCGACUGCGUAUGUGAGGUGAGCGAUAAGCUUCCGGGUACCGUUGACAAAAAAAUCUCAGCCCAACUGUGAUCGCAAGCCUGUGUUAAAGUAUGUUUUGAGAAACAUGGGGUCCAAGCACAGUUCUGGGACACUGAAAAACACAAGUUGCUUGUUGUAUGAGAUCCCAGAUGACCUGAUUAUAGAAAUACUCAUACAAGUUCCAGCCAGAGAUAUUGUGAAGAACUGCGUGCGUGUGUGUCAUCAGUUGAGAGAUAUCAUCGCCAGCCCCACACUGUGGAAGAGGAAGUGUGAACUGGGAGGGAAAUAUAUUCCUCGUUUUGUGAAGCCAGAAGAUUUCAAAAAGAUUUUUUUCUUUAACCCCUAUACGAGAAAUUUGAUCAAGAAUCCAUGUGCACAGGAGGGAUUACAGCACUGGAAAGUCAUGCAAAAUGGAGGCAGCAGAUUCAAAGUGCAGACAGAGAGUCAUGGAUCUCAAGAUGUAGCUCUUACAAAUAUGAAUCAAGAGUGGUCCGGCCCGAUUAUAAAGAAGUGGGCCACGUCGUACGGGGCUUGUGAGAAGGUGCAGACAAUUGAUCUCUGGGACGAGGGUGUGGUUGCUGAAGUGUUGGACCAGAUCAAACCACCUAUCUACAUUUCUGAGUGGUACACUGCCCGAACCGACUGUGCUUGCCAUUAUGAGCUGGAGGUGAAUCUGUUGUCUGGUGAUAGGAAACAGCUGGACAAAUUUACCUUUGAGGAUGAUAUCCCACAGUGGACUGCAGGAGAGUGGACAAAGGUGGAGCAUGUCUUUCCAGACUAUAAGGCUGGCGUUAGGUUUAUUAAAUUCCGCCAUCUUGGUGUUGACAAGCAGUUUUGGGCUGGACAUUAUGGACCAAAGUUUACUCUCUCAACUGUGAAAUUUACAUUUGAAGCCAAUACCGGUAGUUAGUGUCAGACUCUGUAAUGUUCAGACUGUUCCAGGGACUUCACCAGAGAGAGCCAAGUCGAUUGGUAGACCUUUAGUUACCAUGGUAACAGCAAGCAUGUGAUAUUUUGUGCUGGAGUAGAAUAUGUAACUGAUAUCUCUAAAUAUUGUACCAGGCGUAUUAGCAAAAUAUCUGUGAAUGAAUGAGAUUUAAGGAUGGGAUUUUGUUUUAUGGAAGAUUGCCUGUUAUGUGUGGUUAAAGAAAUUUUAUAUGCUGUGAAAGUGGAAUCAUUUUGAUGUGUUACUGCCAGUAUUUUUUAUCCCCCGCCAUGAAGUGGAAGGGGGAUAUAGGAAUGGGUUCCAUCCGUCCGUCCUACCGUCCGUCCAUCACAUUUCGUUUCCGGAGCAAAUCUUGAAAACCGUACCAUAUUUCUUCACCAAACUAGACACAUAGAUAGGUCUAGUGGUGAACUGGUUCCUUUUGAUAGUUUUGGGAUUUUAAUUUUAUUUUU